CUAAGUGACGCACGGAGACUGUCAUACAAAGCGGAUUGAAGGAUUGAACACUUAGAAACAUGUGAAGUCAGUGGAUUUGAACCUGCAUGGGACUUAGAUUUCCACAGAAAACAUCGUUUAUUUUGUUAUUUAUAGGUUCAUUUAGCGGCAGUGACCUCGAACCCCGUCACAAUGGGAAUCUUAGAAGUAGUUAACAAACUUAGAGAUCGCGCAGACAAAUUUCUAAACGAGAAAAACGUUAUUACAGAUUUCCUUGGGAAGCUGGAGGAGAAAACGGGUAUCAAGAAAAAAAUUAUUGCUAUAGGUGCGGUGUCCCUGACUGGACUAUAUUUGGUAUAUGGUUAUGGCGCCGCCCUCCUCUGUAACCUCAUUGGAUUUGUGUACCCCGCAUAUUAUUCAAUCAAAGCUAUCGAGAGUGCGAACAAAGAUGACGACACAAAAUGGCUGACCUACUGGGUGGUCUACGGAAUUUUCAGUUUGGGGGAAUUCUUCUCUGACAUCUUUCUCUACUGGUUUCCGUUCUACUACGCUUUCAAGUGCCUGUUCCUGUUGUGGUGCAUGGCCCCUGUCGCAUGGAACGGCUCUCAGGUCCUGUACAACAGGGUGGUGCGGCCAAUCUUCCUCAAGCACGAAGCCACCGUGGAUAGCAUGGUCAGUGACCUCAGCGGAAAGGCCAUGAAUGCGGCCGAGACAGUCACAAGAGAAGUCCUUCAAACACUGGUGAAGAACAAGACAACUAGUAUACAACAAUCAGAUACCAAACGCUUACCCAGCACUUCAGACGCACCUAUGUUGAAUGAGUUGAUCUACACAGAACCCAAAGCAGACUAAUGACCCACAGGUAGAGUCAUCCAUCUGUGGCAAGUCUAGCAGAUUGUAUGGACGACGGCAAACCAAGCCAUGCCAGAUUUACCGGAAUUUUCUUUUGGAGACGUCUAAGCUGUCCUAAUGGGAAAGCUGUCACAGAGGUCUGUCAGAGAUGGGAUACUAUUAUGCUGACAGAUAACGGGGACAAUAAUUUUUUUUACCAACAUAUAGCAUGCUGCUAUUAAACCAAACCGUCACUACUGAAAAUCACUUCACAGCUGCGUAGUUGUGGUAUGCAGGGGAAAACAUUUAGACAUUCCUGUAACCGCUUUGGGAUAUCUGGAUUUGAUUAAUUAAGUCUUUGGUUUAUAACUAAAUAUUUUGUAGGCCUACAUGAUGUAUGUUAGGUAAUGAGCUCAGUGCUUCAACAACAGUCCAAACUGUUCUAGUCAUUAGACUGAGUUUUUGUUUUCACAGAAUUGAUUUUGCCGAAUUUAAUAUAUAUCCACUGUCGUCUAUUCUUUUAUUUAAAAUGUUUUUCUCAUAUUUUAUUUUCUACAAUUUUGAUAGUGUGACUAUUGUAAAUGAUAAAGUAUGCAAUAAUUUAUUUAUUAAACAUUACAUUGUACCAUUAUUAUAUACAACACAUA